GUAAACAAAACUUCUCGCCGGCCAGAUCCUGCAAAAGGACCUUAAAUCCUAUGCUCCACAUUCCAGGCGUGGAACUUUAGUAUAUAGUCCAUGGGAGCCCCUCCCAGCAUCAGCCCUCCUCCAAAGACUCCUGGACAAAAUGUUGUGAAAAGUAUGCUUCAUCUUUGAAGAUUAAAGAAUGAAUUCCUGGGAUGGUGUUACAGUCUUACCUUUGAAGGGAUGUAGAAUGUAUUCCAUGAAAGUGCAUUGAAGCAAGAUUUACGUGGCAUGAAAGGAUGACAGACUCCACACCAGCCCCGAGAAGUGCACUACGUUUCCUAUCAACUUUGCCUUCUCAAAAGGUUCCCGAAAAGUCAGACCUUGUUCUUCGCUGCAUAAUCUCUGGUCAACCCAAGCCAGAGGUAACUUGGUAUAAAAAUGGCUGUGCUAUUAGUGAGUCAAACAUCGUUUCCAAGUAUGAAAUCUUGGAGAACCAGUAUAUUCACAUGCUACAUUUAUAUAGCUGCACCAAGAAUGAUGCUGCGGUUUAUCAGAUCUCUGCUCAAAACUGUUUUGGAAUGAUUUGCUGUUCAGCUUUUAUUGAAGUUGAGUGUUUGUCAGAGAACCCACAACUCAACCCUAACUUGAAAGAAGAUGCUGCUAGAGGUUGGAAGAAUAAGACUGAGAUGUGUGAGAUGGACAACUCACAUCAAAUUGAUGAGAAAGAACAAUUUUUCCAGGAGGAAAGAAAUAUCAUUGAGGACACUUCUACUCUGUCUGGUUCUUCUUCCUCCAAAUUUAGAGGCUCCUGCUUAUCACAAUUACAAUCCAACAACCACCAUGAGUUACCUAGUCCUGAAAAAGACACAGGUGUCAAAAGCACCAUUCAAACUCAAGAGGAUUAUUCUAAUCACAAUUUCACAGAGGAAAAUGUAUUUGAUUUGCUUUCCCUUAAAGGCAGGGAUGAGGUAGACAGACUGGAAAAAUGUGGCAGUGGGCUAGUACAUUCCAAACCAUCAACGUUAAUUGAUGACUGUAUGGUCAGUUAUGAUUGUAAUGAUGAAGUCUUACCAUCUAAUCAUCGAGACCCCAAAAUACAAAAAUAUAUUAGCUUUAGCAUGGCACUGCCAGAGGAAACCACGUCCAUUUACUGUGGGAACAGCUUCACAACCCAGCAGCAUGUCUCCCCAGAGAUUUCCAGUGAAGACUCUGACACAGAUUUUGAACUCUGUCCAGAGAUAAAGCUAACCUGCACUGAGGAGUUUUCAGAUGAUGACCUUGAGUAUUUGGAAUGUUCCGAUGUUAUGACAGAUUACUCUAAUGCAAUCUGGCAAGAGGAGCUCAGAGGGAAUGACCCUAUCUUUUUAUUAGAAAGAGAUGACGAAGAGACAAAAUUCAGGGAGGGCUGUCUGGGUGGGUGUGAGCAUUUCCAUAGUGAAAUGGCUUGUCAGUGUCAGGUGUCAGAUAACAUUGUGCCUAUGGAUACCACCAUUGGCUUCUGUGGUCAUCACUCAAAACUCCAAGAAGUAGCUGGAAGGAGCAGUCUACCCACUUACAAUCAGUCUAUCUUGCAACCAGGAAUGACUCUUACUUUGAGGCACCCCCAAGAUGAAACAUCCCCAGUGAAAGACCAAGAGCGAUAUAAGCUCCCUGUCACUUCUACAGCCAAUGACAGUGAUCCACCAGGAAUGAAAGGAGAAAAUGCAGAUAGUCACCAAGCAGAAGCGUAUUUUGCCAUUGACAAUCUGAUGAACAUGGAUAAAACACCUGGAGAGAUGAUGCCCCAGACUCGUGAGUUAGAAAAGCCAGUGACAAACCAGCCUGUGGAGAACCCAGCAGAGAAAAGCACAGGGGGAGACCUGCUACGGAAGAAGGGCUCACAGAAAUUAGUUAGGGCGAGGAGACCAGGGGCUAAAGGGAAACCCAGGAAGCUGAACACCAACCUGCAAGGAAAUGCAACAGAUGGCUCGCUUAGCCUCCCAGGUCCUGGAGAAGUCAGCAAUCUUGAACUUAGCCAAGGUAAUAGAAGAGAGAGUUUUCACGAAGAGGCAGAAGCUAUUCAUCUUAAUUCCCAAUUCCAUGGAGGAGAAUAUGCCAUUUUAACCCAAGAACAGCAAGAAACAGAAACCCUUCCAACGCCAACAGAGUCACUUUCCACAGAAGGAGAGGCAGAAUUGAAAAGGAAAGGGAAGUGCAAUGAAGGCCUAUUGGAGACAGAUCAGAUGGCAAAGCAACAUGCCCAUCCUCAGGUACAAAGAAAGGAAAGUAGUAAAGAGGGUACUACCAAAAGCCACCUGCAAGCCUUUUCAGAAUCCAUGAUAGACUCUGAAUCCCUGGGGAAAGUUUAUGCCUCAAGUGGGACCAUAACAAGCUACCAGAGCUCUCAGCAAAGUACCAGUGAAGAAGAUGGAUUCUUAGCCCAACACACACAGCUGGAAAGCUGCUCUCCAGGCCCACCACACCAUGAGAAAGAAGACCAAGAAAGUAAUCUCUGCCAACUUGCAAGUCCCAGGAAAGACAGGCCUUAUGAGCAAACCAGCUCUGAGACCAGCCAUGAAAAUGCAUUAGACUGUGACCUUUUAGCCCAUUACCAACAUGUGAGUGAUGCUGAUCUUGGUGAGCAAGAGAGUCUUUAUGUUGCUUUGGCAGAAGCUUCAUAUGCUGUUCUGACUGCAGAACAACCAUUCAGUGCACCAAGGGAUGGAGAAGAACCAUUAGAUAUGGCACCCCAUGAAACAGCUGACACAGAUACAGGUUGUAGUCCCAAAUAUUUUCCAUCUUCAAUGCCAUGUAAUGACUAUUUGCCUCAAGAAAAUUGCUCUAUGGGCUCACAGCUGGCAGAUAGACAACAUCAAACAUCUGAUUUAUGUUUGAUCAGUGACAUGACACAGGAACAAUUUUCUCAAGCACAGGAUACUGAGCCCCCUUGUAUAAUGUGUGAAAACAGAGAGGUUGGAGAUGCAAACACAGCACCAUAUUCCUUGAGUAUUUCCAUGGGCAACAGCUUAGAAGGGGCCUGUGAAAGGGAUACAAAUGAGAAUAAUAUAGGAGACAAGAACUCUGUCAAAGAACUGACUACAAUUCUAGAAGUUGACCAAGAAAAGCUUUGUCCUAGUAACCUAGCCAGUGCUUGGGAGGUCCAGAUUUCUACAGAGAACGACUGCCUCUCUCAGCUCCAAGAAGCAGGUGAUGAGACACUCCUUCUUAGGAUCGAGGAUGAAGCAGGAACAUCUCCUCUUUGUAGCACAAUUGUGGAGCAUCCUGAGCAGACGUCAAAUGAGAUGCUGACUAAAAAUAUCAGGGGUUAUCAGGGUCCUAGUGAUGGGGAAGAAACAUCUGCUCUUGGAACUGUUGAUAAAGGCCAUCAGGCCAAAUACCUUGCUCUUUCAAUUGCUCAAAACAAUCACUUGGACCGAGCCGAAGAACAUUUGCCCCGGGUGCCAGCUGGAAGCACUGCUCAAUCUCCUUCUGAUGAACAGUCUGCCCUUGCUGGAAAUGGCUGGACCGCUAAUGCUGCUGAGCAGCUGACCCUUGAAGAUCCCCUUGGGACAGUAGCUCAUCUACCCCAUCCACAGCUGCUACAAAAAGAGGAUUUCUUGAGUGAUUCUCUGGGUGCCAUUGCUGAUGGAUUGACAAUCAAAAGUGAGGCCCCUGAGAGUGCAGUGGAUAGAAAGUGGGCAGAGAAUUGUCAAAGGGAAGAGAGAGAGUCUGAGCAAAAUUUAUGCAAGGAGAUCCAGCCUCGCCAGGGUUCAUUCUCUGAAGAAGACAGCCUCCAGGAUGGCUUCUAUGCCAUUGCAGCUGCCUGGGGACAAAGUAGCCCGUUGCCAUUAAAAUAUUCAACAGGUAAUUUUGAGGAGGAAGGAGGGAAUUUGGGACUCCCCAGUGCCAGAGUAGCUGCGGUGAAUGAGGAAGGAGAAAGGCAAUCCUCUCCGAAGGUUCUUUCUUCUCUGGAAAAUCUACCGGAGGAGGCUAAAGAAAAUUCAGCUGAUGGUAGUCAGGGAGACUAUGAGUCAGGUGAAGGGCAAAAAGCUCUAGCUCUGACAGACCUUGUUUCAGAGCCUUCUCCACCAAUACAGAUAGUGGAUUUAGAAAGCAAAGUUAGUUCUAUGAUUUGGGACAAUGCCUGUGUCAUUUCUGAGAAACCCGAGGCAGAAAAUUCAAUACAAAAACUGGACAACUCUGAAAUAGACAGAUCAACUAGGAGCAACCAGUCUGAUUCAGCAAUUAUUUGUUGUGGAAGAGAAAUUCAAGAGAAAAAAGAAGUAGGAAAUGAUGUAGGCUUUUGUAUCCCUUCUCUCCAACAUUUGAAAGACUCCAACAUUCUAGAAUCAUCAGUAGAUCCUAUAAAUGAAAAAGAAACAUGUGUUGGAGUUUCACAAUUUAAAGGAGCCUUGGAUGUUGUCUCUGAAGUCUCUGAGAAGAAAAACAUUGGCCAUGUUAGUAAAAUAAAAGAGAAAAAGGAGUCUACGGAGGUUCAACCCAUCUUGCUUACACAAUUUUUGACUCACCCAGAAAUUAGAGAAUCUUCUGUAGAUUCCACAGAUGGAACAGGAGUUAUUGAGUGUGUCGGGACAGGGAAAUUAGUGACUUCUGAGUCCACACUAGGGGUGAUCUCAGAGGGAAGGAAUUUGAACAGGGAGAGCUCUAGUCAGAAGUUGCAAGUCAAAACUUCCCUUUCACAAGUUCCAUGUCAUAAGGAAGUUGAGCACCUUGGGGAAAGAAUUCCAUAUGUAGGCCAUGAGAGACAAAGCCAAGAAGGCAUGGAGAGCAACUUGGGUGAGCCAGUCCACAAGGUCCAAGACAGUGCUACUGAAUGUAUUGCACCCUCCUCGGUUCUUUCCAAUAGUCUUGUUGGACUAGCCACUGAAACUUCCAAUGAAAGAGACACCAACAGUGUCAUAAGCCAAACACAAGAUAUGCCUGUCAAUGGCUUAGUUGAAAUGAAACAACAUGAACAGAUUUGUUCUGACUCAAAGGCAUGCGAAAACACUGAGAAUGAUUGUACCAAAUAUUUGUCACCUACCUUGCCUCCUUCAAGUGUGCCUUUUGGAUUUACCCUGGCUUCAUUUCCAGAGGGAGAGGCCACACAUUUUGCAAUGGAUGGUAAAAUAGAAGAACUCACAACUGGAGAACCCAAGGCCACAAAUUCACUGGGAUCCCCUGUAGAAACUUUGGCAUUCCUUCCAGCAGAAAGUGUCUCUAAAACUAGUCCUAUAUGUAAAGACCAACAGCCACCAAAUCGUUGCCAGAAAGGCUCUUUACAAGGAACUGUACAAAAGGCAAGAGAGGAAAAGAAACAUCAUUAUAUGAUGCCCCCCAAAUCUAAAGUGCCAGAGACUCUGGCUGAGGAAGGAAAUAAGAAACAAGAAGUGUCUGGGACUGGGCAUUUAGCUGAGGGUGUGAAGAAGAAAAUUCUGUCCAAAGUGGCUGCUCUAAAAAUGCGCUUGGAAGAGAAAGAAAGGGCCAGAAAGAACUCUAUUUUUAGUAAAAAGAUUCCCAAACCUGAAACACUCACUCAAAAUGAAGAGAAAAAGGACCUCAAAAGACAAUCUUGUAAAAAAGAAUGCAAAGCCCCAGUACUACUGAAGAAUAUCCAAGCUGAGAUAUUUCCUGAUCAUUCUGGAAAUAUAAAAUUAAGCUGUCAAUUUGCAGAAAUCCAUGAAGACUCAACCAUCUCAUGGACAAAAGAUUCAAAGUUAAUUGCAAAGGUUCAAAGAAGUGCAGGAGAUAAUUCAACUGUGUCCUUGGCCAUCGUUCAAGCAAGUAAAAAAGAUCAGGGCUUAUAUUAUUGCUGCCUCAGGAAUGGUUAUGGGAAGGUGACAGCUGAAUUUAACCUAACUUCUGAAGUUCUGGGGCAGCUUUCAAGUCAUCAGGAUAUUAAAGGAUUUGAAGAGAUCGAAUUCAGCCAGCUUAUCUUCAGAGAAGACUUCAUCAGUGACAGCUAUUUUGGGGACAACCUGCAUGGUCAGAUUGCAACAGAAGAAUUCCACUUUGGAGAAGGGGUCCACCGCAAAGCCUUCCGAAGUAAAGUGAUGCAGGGCCUCACUCCCGUGUUCAGCCCUGGCCAUGCCUGUGUACUGAAAGUGCACAAUGCAAUUGCCUAUGGGACCAAAAACAAUGAUGAGCUUGUUCAGAAGAACUACAAACUUGCUGCACAGGAAUGUUAUGUCCAAAAUACUGCCAGACAGUAUGCCAAGAUCUACGCUGCUGAAGCCCAGCCUUUGGAAGGUUUUGGAGAAGUACCAGAGAUCAUUCCAAUCUUUCUUAUUCAUCGGCCUAAGAAUAACAUCCCAUAUGCCACCGUGGAGGAGGAGCUCAUCGGGGAGUUUGUGAAGUAUUCCAUCAGGGAUGGGAAGGAAAUCAACUUUCUGAGAAGAGAAUCUGAAGCUGGUCAGAAGUGCUGUACCUUUCAGCACUGGGUGUAUCAGAAAACAAGUGGCAGUUUACUCGUCACUGAUAUGCAAGGUGUAGGAAUGAAGUUAACUGACGUUGGCAUAGCAACAUUGGCGAAAGGGUACAAAGGUUUUAAAGGCAACUGUUCCAUGACCUUCAUUGAUCAGUUUAAAGCCCUGCACCAAUGUAAUAAAUAUUGUGAAAUGCUGGGGUUAAAAUCCCUUCAAACCAAUAACCAGAAACAGAGGAAACCAAUCAUGGGGAGAGGCAAAGUUCAACCACCCAGCACCCCUGCCAAGAAGGCUGGGGCCAAUGCCACAAUAGAGAAGAAAACAGACUCCACAGUGAAGUCACCUGCCAGCAGAGAGUGAGAGAGAAGAGCAGAGACCUCAUGGGAGAGGGACUUUACAGUCAAUUAUAAGACUGUAGCUAUUCCCAGUUUGAGUGCCUUAAGAAGCUUUGGAAGACUAUGACCUGCUGUCCUCAUUGAAAUGUUAGCAGGGAAGGACCUGUGAUAAACUUACUGGGAAAACAAACCAAACUCUCCAUCAGAGCUAUACUUAAGUCCUCUCUUUGUAUGAACUUUUCAACAUUUUUACCAGUGUCACAUCUUUGUAUAUUUGUGGGUUUUGCACAUUGUUGUGUUUUCAAGGACUUAAUAUAAGGAUGGAACUGUCCCUUGUCCUAUGACCUUUCUUACUUCCCACUCAGAACUAGACCAGUGAUGCUUUGGCAUUCAGCUGCUAUCUAAACUUAAAAUAUGAAUGAAUGACUCUUGAAGUUUUGCACUAGUGUUGAUUCUUGGCCUUGUUGUUAAAAUUUUUCAGUAAUGAUGACCUUUUUCAUAAUUAUUUGCACAGUUGUUACCCUUAUGGAACUUUGACAUCAGGUGUACUUUUCUGUUUAAU